GAAUUGAGAGAGGGAAAGAUGGAGAGGAGGGAGGAGAAAGCGAGCGAGACAGAGAAAGAGUGGCCCUCUAUAUUCGGCUAUGUAAGAACAGCGAUGGGUGAGGGGCCAACCUCUCCACAUGUGACUACAGUGUCCAUUUCUAGAGGAAGAGUGGCACACUCGGUCACGGUGUGUUCUUGCCCUUUCGUUGGGAUUAGAGAUGUAAAAUAAUAAUAAUUCAACCGUUAAUGCGUGUUUUUGUUUGUUUGUUACAUAUAUCUUCAUAAGUUUAUUUCAUCUCAUUAUUGAUCGGAUUUUCCCCCCUUUAUUUUUCGUGUGGACAUUUUGAGAAAAAUACUUUUUUUGUAUUUCUAAACUUUUCUUUCUAAAAUGUCAAAGUUUGCUCGCGUAUUUUUGUAGUCCACCUUCGUCUAUGGAAUCAUCUUGGGGAUAUUAGAAAUAGCCUAACGGACAUGGAGGAGUUUAUCAACUUUUCCCACACAAGGUGCCUUUUGUUCGUGAAUAAGGCAGCGUGCUUUUGGAAGACUAGACCAUGAGGGAACCCAUCGAGCGCACAACUGUCGAUUAGGCGACUGGUUGCUUGAGAGCGUCAAACUAAAAUGAACGAUGCAGCCGUGUAUACGAUGUAAAAUACAACAACGAUCAACCGGAGGACUGUUUGAAUAGGCAGCGGGAGUCUGGAGAAGAGAAGGAGAUUGGCAGAAGCUAUUAAAGAAGACAUUCCGUGACAGCAGCAGAUCCCGACACUGCUUCAUCACAGGAUGAGGAUGAAAUACACAAUCUCCCUUGUCUUCAUUGUGGCACUGGUCAUCAUUGAGAAGGAAAACAACAUUAUCUCACGGGUUUCAGACAAGCUCACCCCAAAGCAGACCCCCCAGACACCCCUUCAGCCCAGUAACUCUGCGUCAGCCCUGGGUCUCCUGAAGUUGAAUGGCUCCUCCUUCUCUACCCUGAGCAAGCUGGACCCUGUCUUCACCCUCAUGAAGAGACGCCUGGAGAACUACACCGAGCAGAGGUCAGAGGUCAUAGGGUCAGCUGGAAACAGAAAGCACAUCCUCCUAUUGGCCACCACGCGGACAGGCUCCUCCUUCGUGGGCGAGUUCUUCAACCAGCAGGGAGACAACAUGUUCUACCUGUUCGAGCCGCUGUGGCACGUGGAGAGGUCGCUGACAUUAGAGGGCGGCGGGACCAAUGCCACAGCCGCCGCCCGGGCCUACCGGGAAGUCCUCCAGGGGCUCUUCCUGUGUGACUUCACCCCUCUGGAGAGCUUUAUUGACCCACUUCCUGUAGACCACGUCACCUCAGCCCUGUUCAGGAGAGAAUCUAGCAGCUCUCUCUGUGAGGAGUCCGUCUGUAGCCCGUUCGUUAAGAAAGUCUUUGAACGCUACCAUUGCCGGACCAGGAAGUGUGGUCCCCUCAACCUGACCACGGCGUCCGAGUCAUGCCAGCAGAAGGAGCACAGGACCAUUAAAUCCGUCCGGGUGCGCCAGCUGGAGACCCUGAGACCCCUCGCCGAGGAUCCUCGUCUGGAUAUCAAGUUCAUCCAGCUGGUGAGGGACCCCAGGGCGGUUCUGGCCUCCCGCAUGGUGGCCUUCUCCGCCAAGUACAACAACUGGAAGAAGUGGGCGGUGGACGGAGAUGUGCCCAUUGACGACGACGAGGUGAGGAAGCUGAAAGGCAACUGCGACAACAUCAGGAUGUCUGCGGAGGUCGGCCUGAGGCAGCCGUCUUGGCUGAGGCGGAGGUACAUGCUAGUACGGUACGAGGAUAUCGCUAGAUUCCCUAUGAGGAAGGCAGCGGAGAUGUACAAGUUCACCGGGAUCCCGUUCACUCCUCAGGUAAAAGACUGGGUGUUAAAGAACACCCAGGCUUCCAAUGAAGCUAGUGGAGUGUAUUCAACACAGAAGAACUCCUCCGAGCAAGUGGAGAAAUGGAGGUUCAGCAUACCGUACAAACUAGCCCAGGUGGUGCAGAGGGUUUGUGGACCCACGAUGAAACUGUUUGGGUACAAGUUUGUGAACAGCGAGGCGAUGCUGACGGACAAGUCUAUCAGUUUGAUCGAAGAAAAGAUUUUCAUACAAAACUUUUCAUAGACAUUUUACGGUAACUCUGAACUCUGCUCAUCAGACAAAGUGGACCAACAGAUAAGAUUAUGAAAUGAUAUUUGUGAGGAUAUUUAUUGGGGACUGUACUAGUAUACAACAGAGUAAUGUAUAAGACACUUUAUAGAUACAUAUUAAAUUAUAACAUGUUACACUCCAGGGUGUAGAAGGAAAUACACAUUUUUGUGUGUAAUGAAAAGGAACGAAUACAAAAACAAGUACUACCUUUUAACUUUUUACAGGGACAUUUAACAAAAGAAAACCCUUGGUACAUGAGUACUACAUGGUAGAAAACACUUGUUAUAUAAGUACUACAUGGUAGAAAUCCCUUGUUACAUGAGUACUACAUGGUAGAACACCAUGGUAGAAAUCCCUUGUUACAUGAGUACUACAUGGUAGAAAACCCCUUGGUACAUGAGUACUACAUGGUAGAAAAUCCCUUGUUAUAUGAGUACUACAUGGUAGAAAACACUUGUUAUAUAAGUACUACAUGGUAGAAAUCCCUUGUUACAUGAGUACUACAUGGUAGAACACCAUGGUAGAAAUCCCUUGUUACAUGAGUACUACAUGGUAGAACACCAUGGUAGAAAUCCCUUGUUACAUGAGUACUACAUGGUAGAAAUCCCUUGUUACAUGAGUACUACAUGGUAGAAAACCCCUUGGUACAUGAGUACCACAUGGUAGAAAUCCCUUGUUACAUGAGUACUACAUGGUAGAAAUCCCUUGUUACAUGAGUGCUACAUGGUAGAAAACCCUUGUUAUAUGAGUACUACAUGGUAGAAAACCCCUUGGUACAUGAGUACUACAUGGUAGAAAUCCCUUGUUACAUGAGUACUACAUGGUAGAAAAUCCCUUGUUAUAUGAGUACUACAUGGUAGAAAACACUUGUUAUAUGAAAAGUUGUUUGUUAUGCACCUUUACCACCUUUUCACCCCAGGUAAUUCAAGCUUUUUAAAUCUGGUUUUAGGGUGGCCAAGCUUGAGUCCUUCAACAGUUUCCCUGUUGAAGUGUAUUUUUUUUUCUGUCAAGCCACGGGUUAAUAACAUUAGCUGGUUUUUAACUGAGCUGUAGAGAAGGGAGUUAAAUGAAUGGCUUUGCUCUGUGUGUGUGGAAAGCAAGACAGUGGCAGGACAUUCCAAUGUCUUUGGUCUUGUAUGUUCUAUAGCAUUUACCUAUAAAGAAGGGAUGUUCUUUCAUGUUAAUUUAAUAUAUUAUGUUAUUUGUAUUGAGAUUGAGAGAUUAUGGCCAUGGCUUUUGCACAUGCUACAUAGAUGGAUAGUUUUCUCCCCGCUAACUGAUGGGACCCCUUACUUCCAGACCUGGGUUCAAAUAGUAUUCAAAAUCUUUCAUACGGUUUUAGCAUUUGCUUUAGCCUGCCAGGAGUGCCAUAUGGGUGGGAUUUGCUGUUUUUUAGAUUAUUCUAUUGGUUAAUAACACCAGCUAAAGUAUUUGAAAUUAUUUCGAAUACUAUUUGAACCCAGGUCUGCUUCGUGAACACAUCGGCUAGGUGAGUAUCUGUACAUGCAUGUUGCUGUUUUAGUUUUAAUUGGCUGUUAGUGUUUCGCGUCGUGGAAGUCGACGGUGAGCGUAGCGACUCAUUCUGUAAAAACAGAUGUCUUCGGUGGUCCUGUAUGUACAGACAUUGUGUGUCCCAAAAGGCACCCUGUUCCCCAUAAUGCACCAUAGGGAAUAGACACAUACAUUCCUCCUGCAGCUGGUUUGCAGAAUUGUGUGAGGUUUAUCAGCAGCUUUCUGUCCUUUGACACAAGUCUCCUGGCUGGUGAUGAUGGACGAGAAGAGGACCCGGGGACUAAAAGACUGGGUGUACGUUCCAAAUGGCACCCUAUUCCGUAUAUGGUGCACUAUUUUUGACCACUGCCCCAUUGGGAUCUGGUCAUAGGUAGUGCACUAUGUAGGGAAUAGGUUGCCCUUUGGGAGGCGUUAUGGUUUUUGUCUAUAUGUAUGCCUAUGCCCUUUCUCAUUCUGGUGUUAAGUUUACUUUUCAUUUCAGUGGAAUUCACUAUUGUUGUAUGUGGUUGUUUGGCCUUUUACUGUACAAGUAAAUUGAACACUGAACAAGUC